AGCUUGCAAGAUGGCGCUCGGAAGGUUGUGAGAUGAGAGAGCAGGGUGGUAAACUGAGAACACUCCUACCGAUGUAUUAAGGUUGUACAGGUGAGGGAAGAGAAGGUGGAAAUGGAACUGCCAAAUCAUGCCAAACAAUUGCUGCUGCAGCUGAACCAACAAAGAGCCAAGGGCUUCCUGUGCGACGUGAUCAUCGUGGUGGAGAACGCGCUCUUCCGGGCGCACAAGAACAUCCUGGCGGCCAGUAGCAUCUACUUCAAGUCCCUCAUGCUCCACGACAACCUCAUCAACCUGGACACGGAGAUGGUCAACCCGUCCGUGUUCCGCCAGAUCCUGGACUUCAUCUACACGGGCAAGCUGGUGUCCUCCGACCAGACCGGCGAGCAGAACUUCACCGCCCUCCUGACGGCGGCCAGCUACCUCCAGCUGCACGACCUGGCGGCUCUGUGCAGGAAGAAGCUCAAGCGCAACGGCCGGCCUCUUCCCGCCAAGCCCUGCACGCCCAGCGGGGGGCGCCCUCUCCGCACGCAGAGGCUCUCCUCCACGCCCGUCGUCCUGGCCCGCCUGCCCUCGGGGGCCAAGGGGUGCGAGAAGAAGGAGCGCCAGGGCGAGUCGGCGGCGAACGACAAGCCGUCGGACGACGAGCUGGGCGACUCCGCGGGACGGGCGGGGCCGGGCGGCGGGAGGAACCAGGCUCUGGGGCUGGACCUGUCCAAAAAGAGCCCCUCGGUUGGCACGGCGACGGACGAGGUGAGCCCCAACAGCAGCACCCCGCUGGAGUCCCCGCCCGGCUCGACGUCCACCGCCAACAGCGCCUCGUUCGAGGAGCCCCAGCAGGGCGGCGACGGCGAGCCCAUGGACCUGGGGGAGGCGGGGGGGCCGGAGGAGCGGCAGGCCGCCCUGGGGGUGCGCAAGAGCUCCCGCCAGAUCGCCCGCAAGAAGGAGUGGCCCAAGAAAGAGGAGGGGGAGGGGGACGGGGACGCGGGGAAGGACCCCGCCCGUCCCGUCCUGACCAACGGCCUCGGCCGGGCGGCCAAGAAGCACCCGGCCGGCGAGCAGCGCUCCAGCGGCGGCAGCCUCAGCUCGGACCGCUCCUUCGUCUGCAAGGAGGAGGAGGAGGACGAGGACGAGGACGGGCUGGAGAACGGGAGGGAGCACAGCGACGACAGCGGGCAGAGCGAGGCGGAGGGGCGCGGGGGCCGCGCGGGGGCCGGGGCCCGGCGCCGGCCCGGGGUCAACUACGUGUUCCGGCAGGAGGGCUUCGAGCCGGCGUUCGGCGACAACCUCUACGUGUGCAUCCCGUGCGGCAAGGGCUUCCCCAGCUCGGAGCAGCUCAACGCCCACGUGGAGACGCACACCGAGGAGGAGCUCUACAUCAAGGAGGAGGACUCCUACGCCAAGGAGGAGGACUCCUUCGCCAAGGAGGCGACCGAGGCCGAGGACCUGUCCUCCCAAGCGGCCGCGCCGGCCGCGGCCUUCGCCGUCGCCGCGGAGCCCCGCCCGUUCAAGUGCUCGGUCUGCAGCAAGAGCUACAAGGACCCGGCGACCCUGCGGCAGCACGAGAAGAGCCACUGGCUGACCCGGCCCUUCCCCUGCAACAUCUGCGGCAAGAUGUUCACGCAGCGCGGCACCAUGACCCGCCACAUGCGCAGCCACCUGGGGCUGAAGCCCUUCGCCUGCGAGGAGUGCGGCAUGCGCUUCACGCGCCAGUACCGGCUGACCGAGCACAUGCGCGUGCACUCCGGCGAGAAGCCCUACGAGUGCCAGCUCUGCGGCGGCAAGUUCACCCAGCAGCGCAACCUCAUCAGCCACCUGCGCAUGCACACGUCCCCCACGUAA